AUGUCUGAAUAUACAGUGAAGCAAAAAGGCGAUGUUGAUCAAGCUUUUAAGAAUUGUGCGCAUAUUUAUGAAGGCACCUGUCGUGUUGGAGCACAGGAACAUUUUUACUUAGAGACACAUGCUGCAAUAGCAGUUACUAGAGAUACUGAUGAAAUUGAGAUAUUUUCCUCAACACAACAUCCUUCCGGAAUACAAAAAUUAAUUUCUCAAGUUUUGUCAGUACCAGCACAUAGAGUUGUGUGCCGUGUAAAGCGUUUAGGAGGUGGAUUUGGUGGUAAGGAAUCACGCUGUGUAUCGGUAGCAGUACCCGUCGCAUUAGCUUGCUAUAGAUUACGAAGACCCGUGCGCUGUAUGCUUGAUAGAGAUGAGGAUAUGAUGAUUACAGGCACACGUCAUCCGUUCUUAUUCAAAUAUAAAAUUGGGUUUACAAAUGAGGGCCUUAUUACAGCAUGUUAUAUUGAAUGCUAUGCAAAUGCUGGAUGGAGCAUGGAUGUAUCAUUUGGAGUGCUUGAACGUGCUAUGGAUCAUUUUGAGAACUGUUAUCGUAUACCUAAUAUAAAAGUAGUCGGAUGGUUAUGUAAAACUAAUACACCUUCAAAUACAGCAUUUCGUGGAUUUGGAGCCCCUCAGGGGAUGUUCGCUGGUGAACAUAUGAUUCGUGAUGUGGCACGAAUUUUGGGAAAGGACUAUGUAGAUAUAAUGAAAUUAAACUUCUAUGAAACUGGUGAUAUCACGCACUAUAACCAAAAAUUGGACACGCUGCAAAUUAAUAGAUGUUUUGACGAAUGUUUAGAGCAAUCCAAUUUUUAUGAAAAACGAAAAAAGAUACAAGAAUUUAACAAAAGUAAUCGCUGGAGAAAGCGUGGUAUUAGUAUUGUUCCCACAAAGUAUGGAAUAGGAUUUGAUAUAUUAUACAUGAAUCAGGCUGGAUGUUUAAUAAAUAUAUAUGCAGAUGGAUCAGUGUUAUUGGCACAUGGUGGUGUAGAAAUUGGACAAGGAUUACAUACAAAAAUGAUACAAUGUGCUGCAAAAGCUUUAGGUAUACCGGCAGAUUUUAUUCACAUAUCCGAAUUCGCAACAGAUAAGGUUCCUAAUGCAACACCUACCGCAGCUAGCGUUAGUUCUGAUUUAAAUGGUAUGGCCAUUAUUGAUGCUUGUGAUAAAUUAAAUACAAGACUUAAAACUAUUAAGGAAGCGCUACCCACAGCCACUUGGAAAGAAUGGAUAAAUAAAGCAUAUUUUGAUCGUAUAAGUCUUUCAGCAACAGGGUUUUAUAGAACGCCAGGCAUGGGGUAUGAUUCUGUGCAUAAUCCAAAUGCACGCAAAUAUAAUUAUUUCACAAACGGUGUGGGUGUAACUGUAGUAGAAAUAGAUUGUCUAACUGGGGAUCAUCAGGUUUUGAGCACUGAUAUUGUCAUGGACCUUGGCUCCAGCAUUAAUCCCGCUAUUGAUAUUGGACAAAUAGAAGGGGCUUAUAUGCAGGGAUAUGGUUUAUUUACUUUAGAAGAGCUAAUAUAUUCACCACAAGGUAUAUUAUUAUCAAGAGGUCCAAGCACAUAUAAAAUUGCAGGUUUUGGUAAUAUACCAGCUGAGUUUAAUGUGAGUCUGCUUACUGGUGCACCGAAUCCAAGAGCUGUGUACUCAUCGAAGGCUGUGGGUGAACCGCCGUUAUUUAUAGGUGCUGCAGCUUACUUUGCUAUUAAGAAUGCUAUUUCUCAUGCACGUACAGAACGAGGUCUGAGCACAGACUUCACACUUAACGCCCCCGCAACAGCAGCAAAAAUUAGGAUGGCUUGCGAAGACAAUUUUACAAAAUUGAUUGAUGAACCCUUACCUGGUACAUAUACACCAUGGAACGUUGAAUUAUAA